UUAACAUAUUCAACAAAUACAAAAACAAAUCUUUCUAUUUCAAUCGCUUAUUUGGAGGAACGAACAGAGGAAACUGAUAUAAAAACAACAGACAUCAGUUUGCAUGAUCAAAUGGGAAUAAGUGUUUACCGAGUGUAGACAGUGUAAAAGGAUUGAGUCAGCAAAUAAAAAUAACAAUGAUGACAUCGAUUUUUGUGAUUUCUUUUCUUCUAUUUGUAUUGGCAUAUCCUUGCCACACACAAAAUGAUUAUAUUAAAUGUCAAACUAGUUCAGAAUGUCGACCAAAUCAUUGUUGUACUUUAGGACCAAUAAGAUAUAGUAUACCACAAUGUAAACCUAUGCAAGGAAAAGGAGAAGUUUGUAGACCAACUAAUGUAACAUUUAAUGUUACUCUUGGUUAUCCAGAUGGUAGUUUAUUGAAAAUAGAAGACGUACAUUUCAUUUUUUGUCCUUGCAUUGAUGGAUUUUCAUGCGAAAAAGGUGUUUGUAAAGAAAAAAAUUAAAAAACAUGAUACAAUUCAAUUAAUCGUUAAUAAAAAUUAGACAAACAAAAUAAUUAAUGCAAAAAACAA